AGUGGCUCUUUUCCCCCUUUCUUUUUUUUUCCCCUUUCUUUUCCUUUUUUUGGUAGCCGCUCCCCUUUUCCUGAGGGAUGAGGUAAUGCGGGGCUCCGAUUGGUCCGGGGGGCGGCACCCCAACAACCCGAAAGGGGCGCGAUCAAGGCUAUAACUCCCCGCCGCCGCCGAGAGCGGAGAAAGCGCAGCCGGAGGAGCGCAACGAAGGUCGCGCCGACUGCAGGGACCGCCUUUUUCCCCGAAGGGCACCAGCCAGAAACUGCCCCGAAGUCCGGUGGAAAGCGAGCGAGUAACUUCGGUGCGCGGGGGAGAAGGAGAGAGACGAGGGAGCGCGCCCGGGAGAAGGCGAGGCUGCACCGAGCGCCAGAGUUUCCCCGAAGGCGGGGGGAAUCCUCUUUUCAGUCUUUGCCGGGAGGAACCGCGGGGCCGCGAUGUCGAGAGCGGUGCUGAGCCUUUUUGUGCUGCUCUGCAGCUGGAGCCUGGGGGACUUGCUGGUGGAAGCGUGUACCUGCGUCCCGGUCCACCCGCAGGAUGCUUUCUGCAACUCUGACAUUGUUAUCCGAGCCAAAGUAGUGGCCAAGAAGCUUAUGAAAGAUGGACCAUUUGGGACAAUGCGAUAUACUGUCAAACAGAUGAAGAUGUACAGAGGCUUUGACAAGAUGCCCCAUGUUCAAUAUAUCUACACGGAGGCCUCUGAAGGUCUUUGUGGGGUCAAGCUUGAAGUGAACAAGUACCAAUAUUUAAUUACAGGCCGGGUUUACGAUGGAAAGGUUUAUACUGGACUGUGUAAUCUGAAUGAGAAGUGGGACCGACUGACCCUCUCCCAGCGCAAAGGACUGAAUCAUCGUUAUCACCUAGGUUGCAGCUGCAAGAUUAAGCCCUGCUACUACCUUCCGUGCUUUGUCACCUCCAAGAAUGAGUGUCUGUGGACAGACAUGCUCUCCAGCUUUGGCCAGCCAGGGUACCAGUCAAAGCACUAUGCCUGCAUCAAACAAAAGGAGGGUUACUGCAGCUGGUACAGAGGAUGGGCACCUCCUGAUAAAACCAUCAUUAAUGCCACAGACCCCUGAAUACCCAGUCCUCUCUAUUCCUUCUUCUUUCCCUUCCAUGUGGCUGAGCAUUCUUGGACACUAACUCAUAUCAGAUCACGAUGGCAACAAUGAUAUUAGUGCCUGUUUCUUGCAAAUUUUAGCACUUCAAACAUUUGUGUUGUUAUUGUUUUAAAUCUAUGCUGUCUUAACUGAUUUUUUUGUUUGGUUUGGUUAUAAAUCUUUUUUUUUUAAAUAUUGCUCUCACCCAUUUUGGUCAGAAAAUGUUUGUCUGGGAACUUCAGUUUGCACACCAGAUAAAUAAUGGAGCCUUUGCUCUAAGUUAUAUUUCACUAUAUAUAUAGCAAUAUAAUCUAUAUUUUUGUAGGAAAACAAAAAUCUCAAAAAUUUCCCAGCUGAAUAUUGUAUCAUAAUUCCACCUCACCCUUCCUCCUUGCUCCAUAAGCUGUUUCUUUUCUCAGUGUAUUUGGUCCUCAAAACAUGUAGAUAAAACUUUCAAAAUACAAUGAUGCGGAUUAGAAAUGUGAGCAAAAAUAAGCCUCACAGUAGAUGGCUGGACAAGAAAAUUGUGAUAUAUGUACUGGAUGGGACAUUUGAGAGGGAAUUUAGCUGUGUGCAUUAAAAACACCACAUCAAAAUGGCUGUCAUGUUCCAAGUGUGAAUGUUGAACCUCUAUCUCAGUUUUGCACUGAGCACAAAUAGCAGCAUUUAAAAAUCAGCACCAAUUAGUUGCAGGUAAAAUUUAUUCCGACUGCAAAAACAAAGCAAAACUGUUUGGUACCAAACCAACUCCAGACAUUUUAGUGGUUUUAACCUGUCUGAAAGCUGCCUUUUCAACAUUUGUGAACAAAACAACACCUCAAAUAGUAUUGACACAGAAUAAAGUCACACAAAGUUAGUGAGGAACAAGGAGAAGAGUGGAAGAGACAUAGAAAAACCUUAAUAAAAAGGCUAUUGGUAUAAGAAACCAGCUGCAAAAACACUGUUCUGCUGAACAAAAAAUGUAUAUAGAUGUACUGACAUAAGCUAUUUUUGACAGGACAUGGAAUUGUUUCAUGCUAUAAGCAAUGAAAAAUAUGAUUCUUGUGUUUCAAAGUAGCAAUCUUCACAUUCCAGGUCACUGAUUACUAUUUUAUUUUUGUGUAAUUCUAAAGAUGUUAAGACUCCAGUGGUUUCUACAGUAGAGAUAAUAAUCUGUGUUUAUUCCCCUCUGUGUGUGCUUUCCUCUCUCCAUUCACCACAAUAUGGGCCAAUUCAAAUAAUUGUUCAAUGAAUUAUUAUCACUUAUUCCCACCUUUUGGCAUUUACAUGAUAAACAAUCUUGUGAAAGUGUUCUUAGUGUGGUAAAACUUCAGGUUAAAACUGUGCUCACGACCUGGGGUUCAAAUCCCAGGUAGCCGGCUCAAGGUUGACUCAGCCUUCUAUCCUUCUGA